UGCUGCACACACUUCCGCUUUCAGACACAGUAAUUCGGGAAUUUAAGCAACAUGACGUCACCCAUCCUGCCAGCGGCGAGUGAGUAGAGUAGCUUUUCACCGUCCAGGAGGGAUAUUUAGUAGCUCAUUCUCCAGGACAAGUCUUUGGAUUUCGUGGUUGUUUCGUACGAGUCGCGAACAGUAAUUAACACGGACACAGCGUUCCUUACUAUGCAACGUUUGCAAUAGGUAAUCGACGACGUUUCCUUGUGAAUGUAAAUGGAAGACACAGAAGGUACAGAUGAGCAUUACUGUGCGGGAUGUGGAGCCAGAGUCCAGGAGCCGUUCCACAUGAAGGUCCUGCAGGACACCUGGCACAGCGCCUGCUUUCAGUGCUCAGUGUGCUGUGACCACCUGACUAACUGGUAUUAUGAGAAGGAUGGCAAGCUGUACUGCCGCAAACACUACUGGGAGAAGUUUGGAGAGCUGUGUCACGGUUGUUCUCUGCUUAUGACCGGACCUGCCAUGGUGGCCGGAGAACACAAGUAUCACCCCGAGUGCUUUGUGUGUCUCAGUUGCAAGGUGGUGAUUGAGGACAGGGAUACUUACGCCUUAGUGGAGCGCUCCAAACUCUACUGUGGGAAGUGCUACAAGCAGGUGAUCCUCACACCCAUGUUGGAAAAGCGCUCACAUGACUCCAUCCUGGACUCCCUCCCCCACACAGUGACACUCAUCUCUAUGCCCUCUGCGGCCAACGGCAAGAGGGGCUUCUCUGUCUCUGUGCUGAGGGAUGUCAACGGAUCAGCAAGUGUCCAAGUCAAAGAGGUCAGAGGGAUGCUCAUUAGUCCAGAGGUGCGCAAUGCCAUUCACGUUGGAGACAGGAUCCUGGAGAUCAAUGGACUUCCUGUGGGGACGCUGCUGGAGGAAGAGGUGGACGACCUCAUCCAUCGUACCAGUCAGACACUACAGCUGCUUAUAGAAUAUGACCCAGUCAGGCAUCGUCUGGACCGGCUCAGGCUGGGAUCACCCAGGAACAUCCUGGGAGCGCCAGCAUCUUCCCGCAUGCGCUUGUCCUCACCAACAAACGCAGUCCUGGAGAGAACUGAAGCAGAUAGCGGCACACUGAAGAGGAGGUCUUUGAGGCGCAGCAACAGCAUAUGUAAAUCACCUGGGCCCAAUUCCCCCAAAGAGCAUCUUUUUACAACCCGAGACAUUGGACGCUCUGAAUCUUUGAGGUCUUCCAGUAGCUGCUCUCAUCGCAUCUUCAGGCCAUGUGACCUCAUCCACGGCGAGGUUUUGGGAAAAGGUUUCUUUGGGCAGGCCAUCAAGGUGACUCAUAAAGCAACAGGAGAAGUGAUGGUGAUGAAGGAGCUGAUUCGCUGCGAUGAGGAGACCCAGAAAACUUUCCUCAAGGAGGUGAAAGUAAUGCGAUGCCUUGACCAUCCUCACGUCCUCAAGUUCAUCGGUGUUCUCUACAAGGACAAAAGGCUCAAUUUGAUCACAGAGUUCAUCGAAGGAGGAACCCUCAAGGACUUCAUCAGAGACACUGAUCCAUUUCCGUGGGAGCAAAGGGUGAGCUUUGCAAAGAGCAUCGCUUCUGGCAUGACCUACCUUCAUUCGAUGAGCAUCAUACACAGAGACCUCAACUCUCACAAUUGCCUGGUUAAACUGGACAACACCGUGGUGGUUGCAGACUUUGGACUCUCCCGACUCAUUGUAGAAGAGAAAGUGAAACCUGCCCCUGAAAAGAACUCCACGAAGAAAAGGGCGUUCCGACGUAUUGACCGUAAAAAAAGGUACACCGUGGUUGGAAACCCCUACUGGAUGGCACCAGAGAUGCUCAACGGAAAGCGCUAUGAUGAGAAGGUGGACAUUUUCUCAUAUGGAAUAGUUCUUUGUGAGAUCAUUGGGAAGGUCUACGCAGACCCAGAAUGCCUCCCGAGGACUCUGGACUUUGGUCUGAAUGUGGGCAAGUUUGUGGAGAAGUUCCUCCCCGAAGACUGUCCACCAGCGUUCUUUCCACUGGCUGUGGCAUGUUGUGACCUCACACCAGACAACCGUCCACCCUUCCAGAAGCUGGAGGACUGCUUCAAGGCUCUGUCCCUCAACCAGGAGCUGGGCAUCCCACUCCCAGCUGAACUGGAUGAACUUCAUCAGAGCCUGAGUCGACUCCACUGGCCCAAAGACAGUUCCUUCCCAGUGCCAAGUGCAGAUGAGCCACAACCCCACAAAGACGUCUCUCAGGACUGUUCCAGCAUGUCAGACAACGGCACUUAGGACCCGCCCUCCUUUUGACCCAUGUAACCCUCUGACCUGCUGCACUAUAAUAACAGGGGUGGUGAAAGAGGAAAACUGUGAUCAUAUGAGGACCAAGAAACACCUGAUGGACUGUUCUAGAUUUGUGGACACGGAGGAGCCAUUCCAGUUGUUACCUUGUAUUCCACACUCACACAGGCGUUGUACUCAUGUUUACUGUACAGAAAGACAAUUAGCAGCUUUCUGUGGUCUGGUUGCAUCUUUACACUAUUCUGCGAGUUCAGGGUGUGAGAACACUUUGUUUUUCUCCUGCUGGUGGAAUGCACGGCUCCAUGUUUGCCCAGCAGAGGGAUCCUUCCACCGACGUCAGCAAGGCUGACAUGUCUAAGUCAACAGAAGGCAGGCUAGCUCAAAGCAGCUUAUUUACCCUGAAAGACUUGUGUUGUCAUUUCACUCCUCAUCCAAGUUACAUGCGUGUUUCUCGACUUUGUAGAUUUUUGCACUUUGACUUUUUCUAGCUAUCUUUCAGAGUUUUGCAAAACUGACACCUCGGUCAUAUUUCCCAUUUUUCCCCCACCCUUUUUAAAACAUUACCACACCAUGACCUUAAAACGUGUACAGAAGAACUGGAUUUGUUGUAUAUUCUUUUCAUUUAUUCAAAUGUCAAUACUGUACAGAAGUCGCUUUUUUGUAAUGUGGGGACUUUUCGAUUUACAUUUCAUAUACAGUGGGUGUUGAUUUGCCUUUUUUUUCUUUUUUUUUAGCAGCGUCAUAUUAAGGUACUGACCACCAACUGUAACCACUGCUAUUUAAUAAUCAAUAGUGUCUCAUGAAUAAACCUUUUAUCUUUGGGGUCAGUGGCAGUUCUGGCUUGAAUGACGCACAAGAAACAUGUUGAUGAUGUUACUGUUGUAAUUAGCUUUUUAACCAGAUAAUUAACAUAAGGGCUGAGGCACAGCUGUGAAGGGAGACCCCCAUACUCUGGUUUGGUUUGGUCACGUGGUGGACAUUUUGAUGACAUCUGAGCAGUAUGGGGGACGAGUUUCCUGCCUGUAGAGGGCGCUAAAACACGUAUUUUCAAAUAAAUUCUUUAGCAAACUCAAAUUUACAAAGUUACAAUUACAGUACAUGUCCAUUACAAUGACUAUUUUCAUCAUUUGCAAAACAAACUUUAAAUCAGCCAAUGUGUAUUUUCACACAGGGUAAAUGAACGCGUCACGACUAGUUUAGCGGUCACUUGUAGCUGUAAAUUCUUAUACAUUUCUUAGAAUGUGUAUUUUUUAGUCUAGUCAAAACAGACUUCAUGUUUGAAUAUUUGUUGAUGAAUGUUUAUCCUUGCCCUCUUUUGUUUUACAAAACGAACCCAACGUAGCCCUUGUAGUUCUUAAGAACAGCCAAGAGAGGGUGCCAAAGAGGCCCAUGUCAGAUCCACUCUAUUCUCUAUGGCAGGGGUCGGGAACCUUUUUGGCUACAAGAGCCAUGAGGACCAGAUAUUUUAAAAUGUGUAUCUGUGAGAGCCAUAUACAUUUUUUAAACAUUGAAUGCAAUAAAAUGUGUGCAUUUUUAUGUAAGACCAACAGUUUUAGAUAUAAUGGGCUCUAAUUACGUAGACCAGGCACACUACCCCACGCCAAGGGGGUGUGGCCAGCACACUUUUGUGAGCAGCGCAGUGUCCAAUAAUAAAUCAAAUACUUGCUGCCAUUAAUGCAACUUCUGCUGCUGCAUGGUUCUGCACCGUACUCCGUAUAUUUCAUUCUUUUGGCCAUCUUUGCCAGAAGGCUUGGUUCUGCAGCUUUAGCUAGGUGACUAUUGGACUAAAGGAGGAAAGUUUACAUUUACAUCUCAAUGACCGAGGUACACUACCGCAUUACCCAGUAAUAAUCGAGUUUUGGUGUUUGACCUGGAAAAUAUCAUCAGGAAAGAUAGAUAUGGUCAGCCGUAUUGCAGUAGAAAAUAGAUGGACGGAUUAAAAUGCAUAAGAAAGUUGUUGAUUUUUAAUAUUUUUAACAGUGAUUUCUGUGAUGUUUACUUUAAAAUGUUAGCAAACAUACAUUUUUAUUGUGGUAAAUGCUUGAGAGCCAGAUACAGUCACCAAAAGAGCCCUACCUGGCUCCCGAGCCAUAGGUUCCCUACCUCUGCUCUAUGGGUUUAGAGGAAUACAAUUAAACAUGUUUUCGUUUCCAUGUCUGAUUUUAUUUCAGUCUCACUGAAAAACAUCUUACAUGAACAAGCAGUGAAUACAAAUGUAUUUUGUAUGACUAUGUGAAAAAAUAAGUAAGCACACACAAAACAGUCAAACAGCAGUAUUGAAAGACUCCAGUGACGUGCAUCCAAAAAUCAAGUGGCGUGUUGCAAAAUCAUGUGGCGUGAAGCUGAACAUGGCAGCCGACAGGCUCUAUGGAUGCAAACACUAACGGACUGUAUGCUCACGCAUUCAUGUUUCACACCAGCUGCAUACAAGCUAGAAUAAGUCAAAUGUGUGUGUGUGUGUAACGUCAGCACCAGC